CCUCUCAUAUACACCAGUCUGCUUGUUGCUUUUACAUCAGGUUAUGUUAUUUACCAAAUUUUCCUCAGUCCGUUAGCCAGUGUACCCGGGCCUCUAUUGGCCAAAAUUACAACAUGGUACCAGGCCUACCUCUCUAUGCGGGGUAACGUUCAUCGCGACCUGGUGGAGCUACAUAACAAGUAUGGCUCUGUCGUGAGAAUGGGACCAAACACUCUGUGGGUUUCCAAUGAGGCGAGCGGAAGAUUCAAGAAGGCCUCCACAUAUAAUGUUCUCAAGGGAAGUCGGCCAUUUGAUAUUGUUGGCAAGCGAGACGAAAGAAUUCAUGGUGAGCAACGCAGAUUAGUAGCUCGUGCGUACUCCAUGGAUUCUACGGUUUAUCUCGAGCCAAAGGUCGACGAAAUUUUGCUUCAGAGUCUCGAUCAACUGGCGAAAACAUCCGGAUUUACAGAUCUCGGGGCUUGGAUUCAACUGUUCGCAUUCGGUCAUUCUGACACGAAGGAUAUAAUGAGCCAGCUUUUUACCACCCAACAAACGAAGCCAAAACUAAAUGACAUGAACAUUGCCUUCAUGUUAAGCUCAAAUGUCUUUGCUGGCUCGGAUACGACAUCAUCAGCCCUACGAGGCAUCCUUUAUCUUCUUCUUAAGAACCCUCAAUACUACGAUCAACUGGUGAAAGAAGCCGAGGGAAAAUUUGCCGAGGGUAAACUGAGCGAUAGUAUCCUACUGUCGUUGGUACAAGCCCUUGGCCCCUUCAUAGAUCACGUGAAAUUUGGGGAGCAGAUGUUGAAGAGUUUCGGCCAGAAAGAUAGCUGGGCCCCGGGGCCAGUGAAUCGAGUCAGUUCAACCCCAUAUGAGACUCCGCUUCAGGUCGCUAACACCGUUUUAGAACGAUAUUUCUUUGGUUUCGGUGGUGGAUCUCGGACAUGUCUUGGAAGAAGUAUGUAUCUUUUGGCUUUCGCGGCAAGGACUUUAUACUAA